AUGAGAAUCGUGGAAUCCCUAGAGAAUGUGAUCAAACUCAUCCCCGAGAUCCAGUCAAUCCUCAUCGUCGACCGUGACGGCGUUCCAGUGGCGGGCGCGGGCGAAGAAGGCCGAAAUCGACCACAACUCACCGCCGCCUACGCCACCGCGUUAGAACAGGCGAAUCGACUGAAUAUCGGCGAACAAGAGUCGUGGGUAUUCCAGUACGAGGCCAGUCAACUGGUCGUUCUACAUUCCUCACCCUUUGCCAUCUUCAUCAUGGCCACGCCAAAUGCCAACACAGGACUAUUGAGGCAGUUGAGAGAACGACUACAGCCAUUGCUCAAGGAAUGUCAGUUAACCAUCGCUGAAGCACAAGGAACCGCCUGA